GCGUCUACCCCCGCCUUCUCCAUCCGGGUGCUGCGGCGUGGAUAAGAGCCGCACCGCGCCUGCGCGCCCAGCCCCACUGCUUCGACCUCUGCCGCCGCUGUCGCCGCCGCCGCCGCCGCCUCGGGAGAGAGGGAGCGGGAGAGGAGCCCACGUCGCCUGUCACCCACAUCCACGCCGCACCGCCGGGAGGAAAGAUGUUCGCCUGCGCCAAGCUCGCCCGCACCCCCGCUCUGAUCCGAGCUGGAUCCAGAGUUGCAUAUAGACCAAUUUCAGCAGCAGUGUUAUCUCGACCCGAGGCUAGGACUGGAGAGGGCUCUACAGUAUUUAAUGGGGCCCAGAAUGGUGCGUGCCAGCUGAUCCGAAGGGAGUUUCAGACCAGUGUAAUCAGCAGAGACAUUGAUACUGCUGCCAAAUUCAUUGGUGCAGGUGCUGCAACAGUGGGAGUUGCGGGCUCUGGUGCUGGUAUCGGAACAGUCUUUGGCAGCCUUAUCAUUGGUUAUGCCAGAAACCCUUCACUGAAGCAGCAGCUGUUCUCAUAUGCUAUCCUGGGAUUUGCCUUGUCUGAAGCUAUGGGACUCUUUUGUUUGAUGGUUGCUUUCUUGAUCUUGUUUGCCAUGUAACAGAAAUUACUGCCUGAAAUGUUGGCAUUCAUAGUAAUUACGGAUGUAAUUCUGUGUAUCUUACUGUGACCCCAAAAGCUGUAGUGCUGGUGUCAUGGAAAUGUACCGUUUCCAAAGUCAUUUCAUUAAAGAUGAAAACUUUAA